AUAUGUGUAUUAUAAACGGCUGAUUAUUUCAGUUUGCCUCUAUGGGGAAAAAAACGAAAAUAUUGAACAUUGUUUAACAACCUUUAGAAAAAAAGAAAAAAAAAAGAUCUUAAUGGCAUGAAAAAAUAAGUCCAAGAAAGUUCGACUUUUAAGAAGCGGAAAGGAAAUUUAAUAAGAAGUUGAUUCAUUUUUGGAUAUUUACAAGGUGGUAAUUUUUUUUUAAUUAUCAAAACUGAAGCGGUGUUAGGGUAAAUUGAGUGCUUUUUGGUUAAGAAGAAUAUAAAAAGUGGCCAUUUGUUAUGAAAAAAGGAAGAAGAGGGAUAAAAAUUGGUUAAAGGCAGGCACGUGGUCGGCUACCCAGGCAGGUUUUGACUGCGGACGUUUUAAAAGGUCGACUGGCGGAGGGGGCGGCAGAGUUGGCAGGCGUCCUGCGCCGGGAGGGGCGGCCGCGCGAGUGUCCGGGGCCUCAGUAGUGAUGAGCACGGCUCAAGGGGUGGUCGAACGGGCUUCUGCUGAGCUCUCGAAGAGGAUCAACGGGCUCAGACGGUCUCAGCAAUCGAAGGGCAAGCCUGGGGUCGUGGAACGCGUCACUUCCGCCCUCUGCGGCGGCUUACCACCGGAGAAGCCGGCUCGUUUCACCAAGGGCGGCGGACGGCCCGUACCGCCCCCGAGGAGGUCCACGCUCUCCGCUGCUCGGCUCGGCCACGGCAACAUCCUCCUCGACGACGCCUUCCUCCUAUGCCUAUUCGGAUACUUCAGCCCCUUGGAAAGAAGGGCACUGGCCCAGGUAUGUUCAAAAUGGAGGGACGUACUCUACAGGAACCCGCGGUACUGGUCCGGACUACUGCCUGUGGUACGGUGCAGGGAGCUGCGAUCGCAGAACGAAAGGUCCAGGCUGUACGCGUCCUUCGUACGACGCGGAUUCCACAACGUCGCCUUGCUCUCGGCAGCGGACGAGGACGCCAUCGACCUGGUCCACACUUACCCUCUCAGCGGGAAGCACUUACAUUCCCUUAGCCUCAGGUGUUCCAGCGUCACCGAUCGAGGACUGGAAACGCUCAUCGAUCACCUGCAAGGGCUUUACGAAUUGGAGUUAGCCGGCUGCAACGAGAUAACCGAAGCUGGUCUCUGGUCGUGUCUGACUCCUAGGAUAGUAAGCCUGACGCUGUCAGACUGCAUCAACGUCGCAGAUGAGGCGAUCGGCGCUGUGGCCCAGCUGCUGCCCUCGCUGUACGAAUUUUCCCUGCAGGCCUAUCACGUGACAGACGCAGCGCUGGGAUUCUUCUCGCCGAAGCAAUCGACGUCGCUCAACAUCCUGAGGCUGCACAGCUGCUGGGAGAUUACGAACAACGGCAUCAUCAAUAUUGUUCAUUCGCUGCCGAAUCUGACAGUGCUGAGCCUCUCCGGAUGCAGUAAAGUGACCGAUGAGGGUGUCGAGCUGAUAGCGGAGAACCUGCAGAAGCUGCGGUCGCUCGAUCUGUCCUGGUGCUCCCGUAUCACGGAUUCAGCUCUCGAGUACAUCGCCUGUGAUCUGAACAUGCUCGAAGAGCUGACGCUAGACAGGUGCGUACACGUGACAGAUAUAGGCAUCGGGUACAUUUCGACAAUGCUGUCGCUAUCGGCGCUUUUCCUCCGGUGGUGUUCGCAAGUGAAAGACUUCGGCAUCCAACACCUCUGCAGCAUGAGAAAUCUUCAGGUGCUGUCCUUAGCAGGCUGUCCUCUGUUGACCUCAAGCGGGCUUUCGAGCCUGAUCCAACUUCGACACCUUCAGGAACUCGAGCUGACCAACUGCCCCGGAGCUUCAAGAGAGCUUUUUGAAUAUCUGCGAGAGCACCUGCCUCGUUGUCUGAUAAUCGAAUAGAGUCGACAAACCAUGUUUUUCUAAUAAAAAUAAUAUUUAAAAAAAAGAGAAAAAAAGCUUCUAGGUUAGAACUUUCCUAAGUUGUCUAGAGUGCCAAAGGCUGAUUCUAUUUAUGUAAGUUAUUUACAAAAAAUCAAUAUUAAGUAGAACCAGGUAUGCUGUUUUUCCUUUCCUCUGAAAGUGAUUUGACCUAUGUUUAAACAAAAGAUUUAAUUUUAAAAAAAACCAACGGCACUCUAGCGCAACCUAUCAACAUUUUGCUACUCUAAUCUACAAAAGAAAAUAAGGCGAAAGGCUCUAAAUAAAAUUCCCAUUGAAGAUAUAUUUUGUGUUAGGACCCCAUAGGACAAUUGAGGCUAAUUUGAACCGGCAGAACAAAUUUUUGAAUAUAUUGUAAAUAUUGUUGACGACCUGUGCCUGAAAGAAAAUUUUCUUUUGUCUCUUUUCAAUAUUUUCAAAAGAGCUGGAAUUUUAUGUAUAUAAUGUGUUUCCACUUUGAUGUAGACUGAAUUCCAUGUGUGUGAUAUUUGAGUGUAUAUUUUAUUUUUCGUUUUGUAUUCUAUAGGUACAUGAAUUUUUUUUUCUUCACUAUUCCGUGUUGGAGGGAACAUUAAAAAAAGUCUUCCUUGAUUGUAAACUCAAAAAAGAAACAAUAACUUUUGCAAAGGCUUUAUUUCUUAUCUUCUUUGGUUGUUUUCUAAUUUCUAUAUGUUUCUAGGGUUUUUUAAAUUUUUUUUAAUGAACUUUCAACCAGUUUAUUUUUUUUAUUUUCUAAUGCAUUUUCAUGGUUAUAAUUUUCUUCUGGUUGUCUUAUCAGGAUUUUGUUAAAUUGUUAGGGCUUACAAUGCAUGGAAAUCAGAGGGAAAAAAUUGAUUAAAAUUUUGGCAGUGAAGCCCGGCGACUGACCAACCUGUGUAAGGUCUCGUUCGGGUCAACAAUCCUCGAUACUUAUAACUGCAUAAAAGAGGAAAAAGCAUAAAAGGAAAGGAGACUUCCUCGCCUUGGGGACCAUAGAUCAUAGAUUUCUUACGACAAAAGAUCCAUCUAUUGAAAAUUUAGACCAGGAGAAAGACUCCCGAUUAUUAAAAAAAUCUCAAAUUCUCGGCUGAUGAUAAAGGGCAGACUAUGCAUCAGCUGAGAACAUCUGCAGAUUUAGGACUGCCCUCCGCAGGCUGCAAAGUAUCUUUUCAUUGGAAGUACCCUAUCUCAUGGUAGGUCUUUCACCUUGGCUCCUUCCCCCAAAUAAAUUUGGCUUCAUCUGCAAUAUUAAUUUUUUAUUUGUUCAAUUUUGUUUCUUUUUAAAUGCACUUACCUAAGGUGUCAUCAACAGUCGACUCUCCUCUGCCCUUUACCAAACAAACUUUUUAUGAGACCUUUUACUGUAGAGUUAUCCACACAAUUUAUGGCUAAAUUCUUUGUAUAUUAGGCAUUGAAGGAUGGUUUAUUAUUUUUCAAGCUUUAUGCUCCUAAUUUGGACUUUUGCUGCUCUCAGCUUCGACAAUCUAUGUACCAUACGAAGCCAAGUGUUGUCUUCUCAAGUUGGGGAACCUUUUGUGGUCUUUCGAGUUCCAGCUCCAUCAGGCCCAGGAAACCAAAAAAGCCUGGUGGUACUGGACAAAAUCAGAACCCAAAAAUACAUUAGUAAAUAAAAAUAAACUGGUUAUUUUUUAAAAAAUUUGUCUCCCCUCCAAAACGACGUUGUUAUUGUUUAUCUUUCAAAUAAUAAAUUAAUUUCAAUAAAUUUAAUAAUAAUAAUAAGGACUGCAAGUAUGUCCAUGGCUUCUAAGAAGCUCUUAGAUUAGAUUUUCAGUACAUCUAUAAUUUAAAAUUAAAAAUGUUGCUUAACAGGUGAAUUUGUAUUUAAAAAAAAAAAUUAAAAUAAAUAUGAGACUAUUUUAAUAAUAAAAAAUAUAUUUAAAAAAAUGAACCGACUCAACAAUAAUUGCACUUCACUAUGAGAGAAAACAGCACGUUUUGUAGAAAUAAAAAUUGUAUAAAUAAAAAAAUCACCUCACUUGAAAAUUAUUUUUUACAAUCAGGCGAAAAGCGACUCGACAUAUAAACAAAAUAAAUUCUACAAAAUAAGGAAAAAAAACUUUUGUCUGCUUAAAUGAUGUAUUUUUGCUGUAAUCUUGUAAAAAAAAUAUUAAUUUUAUUGUAAAUAAAUCAUUAUAUAAAUGUUGAAGUAUUGUAAUUGUAA